UUUGAAUCACGGCUCUCGGAACAUAUGCCAUCAGCUCUCCCUCUCUUGAGUCACGCACGGGCGCAGGACUUCAAGUGACCCGAAACGAUCUUAGUCCCACCGGCAACACGAAAACAAACGGGGAUGCCUUAAGAAGCUGCGAUUUGUGUGCUUCCCCCAAACUCCUCCUUCUUUCUCCUUUGCUAAAUGUAAGCGUGCGGAGUUUAGGAAUAUUAAGCGUCAGGAGCUUUCGGCGGGGUCGUGCGUUGCACUCUGUCUGCGCACGCGUUUCUCGGGACUUGGAGCUUUACUAGCAUUACAUAAAAAGAGGGCGUGGGGCAAAACAUCGUUCUGGUGGGGUCCCGCAGCUCCACUGGUUUCUGACUUCGGGUGUAGCGAUGCGUCCAAGAGACUGAGAAGCGUGCGGAGUAGACACUUUGGGCGGCGCUCUUUAACUGGAGUGGAGCACAAGGAAACUGUUGGGGGCAAAGUUGUUUAAGAAGAGAAUAUAUGUGUGCAGUGUGCUGAGCAGUGAUUUGCGCUAAGUGUCUGAGAACACGGGAGGAAAUGAAUGCAGUUAGCCAGUGAUUCAGAGUGGACUGUAUGCAAUCGGACUAAGCCGGAGUGCGUGCGCAGUGAGCUGCCGGCGCCAUGGCCGCUCAGUGCGACUCUUUGAGCGCGUACCUGCCUCAUUCGGACCCGGGCUCGAACAGCGAACGGAGCACUGACUCACCUCUGCCCGGCUCGGAGGAUGACUCGGCUGGGCCUGCCGUGCCCCUAGACCCGGAGUGGACAGAGGAGAGGUUCCGCGUGGACCGCAAGAAACUGGAAGUCAUGCUACUAGCUGCUUCAGAAGGGAAAAACAAUGGAGGCGAGGAUUUCUUUCAGAAGGUCAUGGAUGAAACUGACACUCAGAUAGCUUGGCCUUCUAAACUGAAGAUAGGAGCCAAGUCCAAAAAAGAUCCUCACAUCAAAGUCUCUGGGAAGAAGAACAAAGUGAAGGAAGCAAAAGAAAAAAUUAUGUCAGUCCUUGACACAAAAAGUAAUCGGGUCACUCUGAAAAUGGAUGUUUCGUACACUGAACAUUCGCAUGUAAUUGGUAAGGGAGGAAACAACAUUAAAAAGGUGAUGGAAGAAACAGGUUGUCAUAUACAUUUUCCAGACUCCAAUCGAAACAACCAGGCUGAAAAAAGUAAUCAGGUCUCAAUUGCAGGUCAGCCUGCUGGUGUGGAAUCUGCAAGAGUCCGAAUUAGGGAAUUACUUCCCUUAAUACUGAUGUUUGAAUUGCCAGCUAUUAUCCACCCCAGUCCAGACCCUAAUUCGCCAGCAGUUCAGCACAUAUCACAAACCUACAAUAUUUCAGUGUCCUUCAAGCAGCGAUCUAGAUUGUAUGGUGCAACUGGUAUUGUCAGAGGCUCACAGAGUAAUGCUACAGCAGUCAAGAGAGGAACAGCUUUACUUUUAGAUCAUCUGGCUGGCACCUUAGCAAAUGCAAUCUCCAUUAGCACUCAGCUUGAUAUUGCUUCUCAGCACCAUCUUUUUAUGAUGGGUCGCAAUGGUAGUAACAUAAAACAUAUAAUGCAGAGGACUGGAGCCCAGAUCCACUUCCCUGACCCUAAUAGUCCACAGAAGAAGUCCACGGUCUACCUCCAGGGCACUAUUGAAUCUGUCUGCUUGGCAAGACAGUAUCUUAUGGGAUGCCUGCCCCUUGUGUUGAUGUUUGAUAUCAAAGAAGAUAUUGAUGUUGAUCCUCCGUUUAUUACUCAGUUAAUGGAGCAGUUGGAUGUCUUUAUCAGCAUCAAACCAAAGCCCAAGCAGCCAAGCAAGUCAGUGAUUGUAAAAAGUGUAGAAAGGAAUGCCUUAAACAUGUAUGAAGCACGGAAGUGCCUUUUAGGAUUGGAUAGUAGUGGUAUCCCAGAUCCACCAAGAAGCAGUCCUGCUAUUGUCUGUCCAGUUGGGCUAGAUAUCCUGGCAUCAGCUGGUUUGGGACUAACCAGUUUAGGUCUUCUGGGUCAUGCAGCCUCUUCUGUUAGUAGCUCAAGCACACCCAACUCCCUGCUGAAUGCUCUCAAUAGUUCAGCUAGUCCACUUCAAAACACAAGCUCAGGAUCUCCAAAUCACACACUUUGGGCAGCUUCCAUCGCCAGUACUACAAAUGCUCCUGGAUUUUCUUCUCCUCUUAUGAUCCAUCCUGCAACCCAAGCCACAUUAACAAGUAUUUUGCUUUCGGGAGUCCAAAGUUAUGCACAAAAUCCCCCAUCACCUCCUCCUGGAUUAACAGCUAUUGAUGGUCAGGUGAACGGACUCUCAGAAAACAGAAAGAGUCCUCCUGCUGUCAAUGGGCACAGAAAGCACUCAAGCUCCAUAUAUAGCCGACUGGCAGCAUCUUGUUUGGCAGAUAAUGUCAUAAGUUCUAGUCAUUCGGAUGCUUCUAAUGAUACCAGUGGCCACAGUCCCAAAGAGUCGCUAGCCAGCAAACCCAGUUCUGAUGAAGGUUCCAAUGAUGCCUUUGUAGAAGUUGGUAUGCCUAGAAGUCCUUCACAUUCAGGAAGCAGUAAUGAGUUAAAGCAGAUGCUAGGCUCUUCCAAGACACCUGUCAGCAAACGGCAAACAGUGGAACUUCUUCAUGGAACCAAGAAUUCACACUUGCACACAUCAGACCGGUUACUAUCUGAUUCUGAAUCCAGUGCAUCUGAAAGUCCAGUAACUGAUAAGAAAGCCCCCGGAAGUGAGAGAGCUGCUGAAAGGGCAGCUCAGCAGAACUCUGAAAGGAUACGAUUGCCACCACAGUCCUCAUUUGCUAGCAUGCAGACUUUCGACUAUGAACAAAAGAAGCUGUUGGCAACUAAAGCUAUGUUAAAGAAGCCAGUGGUAACUGAAGUAAGAACACCCACAAAUACCUGGAGUGGUUUGGGGUUCUCAAAGUCAAUGCCAGCAGAGACUAUCAAGGAACUAAGAAGAGCUAAUCAUGUUUCAUAUAAACCCACUAUGACAACCACAUAUGAGAGUGAUCCUCUGUCUAUUUCAAGAUCGAGUAGUCGUGAAGGUUUAGGAAAUGGCAGUGAUUCUGACAACUGGAGAGAGCGCAAUGGCAGUGGCCCAGCUGGUCAUUCUGAAUUUCCAUCAUCCAUGAGCAGCCCCAAGAGAAAGCAAAAUAAAUCAAUGGAACACUAUCUAAGCAGUAGCAACUACAUGGACUGCAUUUCCUCAUUGAUGGGUAGCAAUGGGUGCAAUCUGAAUGGCUCCUUCAAAGGAUCAGAUUUGCCUGAAUUGUUUAGUAAACUUGGACUGGGAAAGUACACUGAUGUCUUUCAGCAGCAAGAGAUUGAUCUCCAGACAUUCUUAACUUUGACAGAUCAAGACCUGAAAGAACUUGGAAUUACUACUUUUGGUGCUAGAAGAAAAAUGUUGCUUGCAAUAUCAGAACUGAAUAAGAACAGAAGGAAACUUUUUGACCCUCCAAACAUUCGGUCAUCCUUUUUAGAUGGUGGAGCAAGUGGACGUUUGCCCCGACAGUUUCACUCGGACAUUGCCAGUGUCAGCGGUCGGUGGUAAUGAGCCUAUCCUUCCGUGUUCACUGAUCUUGUAAAACCUGUGUCAUUUUAAGUGCUAUUUAAUCCUGUGGACAGCUUUUAACUGCACAGAGCACAGAAGGACUGCAUAUUGUGCACCAAAGUCUGAGGAGCCUCCCAGUUUUUGUGCCAAAAACACAGCAAGAGAGUGGUGGCCAGCUGACAUAAAUUGUGGGAAAUUCCAAAAUGUGGCACUAUGUUAUAUGCAGAUCAGAGAAGAUCCUGUGUAUUUAAAUUCCUCUUUGUCAUUUUUUUUGUAAAAUUAUAAAAAUGCACUGGUAGUGAUGUUUGAACUUUUGAAUCAAAAAUAAUUUGGAAAACUAGGAAGGAUAAUUUUUGAAUAUUAUUUAUGAGAUGCUUCUAAUGUAAAGCCAAGUAAAACUUGCAUAGUCCCCUCCUCCCUCUGCACUUUAUGAAACACAGAAUCAUGACCUGUGGAAAACUGAGAAUUCUCUGAUCUCCAUAUAUUAUUUAUAUGGAGUUUGUAAGCACUAUUAACAUUUAUUUUUUCUUAUAUGGCAAAAUGUAUACAUUUCAGUUUUAUUGUAGCUGCAUUAUGAAGGAAUUACCCAGGCUUCAGAGAAUAUUACAAUCUUUAUGGAAAAAAGGCCAAAUAGAUUAUCUGCAACAUUUCAUGAUAGACUUUUUUGUUUUUUAAUUCGGUUGAAUAGACCAAUGGAAUAAUACUCCAUAACAGAUACUACAUAUCAUUAUUACCCUAUGUUUAAGUUUUUAAUCUUUUGAUUUAAGUUACAUAUUUUCAAUGUAUUUUAUUUAAUUGUUUCAUUCCUCCAUUAUUUACCAUUUUAAAGAUGAUUUGCGUAAACCUUUGUAUUUACUUUCCUUUUCUUCCCAUUUUAAUUUUAUUUACUUUCAUUCAUUCUUUUUGUUGUCCUGAAUUGACAUAUUUUGGCAAGUUUACCCUGCCUUAAAAUCAGUGCAAAAUAUUAUAACUUGCUCAAUUACAUCAGCUGAAAUCACCUAAAGUACAAUAUCUUUGCAAUCCUGCUGCUAGGUUUAUACCCUUUUAUGAUCAUUUGUAUCAUUAUAGAAAUUCACACUCCUGUCUCUUCUCCUAAAUCAAAAUAAUACCAUCGGGCCUCCACAGGGCCAAGACUUACGUAUUUGUUUUCGAAGAAUUUUAUUUUUUGCGUGUUUUUUUUUUUUAAUUUGACAAUUUACAUUUUUAAGUCUCAUGUCACUCAUCAGUAAUUCAUUUUUAAGAGAUACAGUGCUUUGAACUUUAAAUGGCAUUAAGUACAUACCAUUUCACAGUUGACAAAUAAUUAGAUUUUUGAUCAAAGUUAGGUAACUAAGGUGCGUGGUGUAGCGACCAAGACAGCCUUGCUCUCUGCACUGUUUUACAUGUAGUGUUGCUCUGUUGGCUGAACAUCACUGUAACUUACUGUAAUUAUUCCAAAUGGUUGUGUGUUAAACAUUUCAGAAAUUAAGUUUGUUUCCUGGAAAUAAGGAACAUUUGCUGUUGUUAAACCAGGUUGUCUUUUGUGACAUUCCAUCUGUAAGCCAAUGUUAGGUACAGUUUUUAUUUUCUUUUGUAUUGGUAUAGUUUACAAAUUCAAAAUGUUGAUGUCGUUUUUUAAAAAUUGUUAUAAAUAACCAUUGCAAAGUUGAAUGCUGUGAAUAACGGAAAAGAUGUUUAUCAAUUUUAUACUUAUGAAGGAGUGUUUAUUGUUAUUUUUUGCUAAAUCAAAUUGGACCAAGUGCCUCCUUUUUGUAAAAUGGACAUAUUAUGAACUAUGGUACAAAAUUGCUUUAUUGAGAGACAGCUGCAAUGUAUAUGUACUGUAAUAAUGAAGGUACCAGCUUUUUGAUUUGGAUAUGUCCCACUAAAUAAACAAUUUCUUGUGUGUGUGUGUGUAUAUAUAUAUAUAUAUAUAUUGCCCAUUAUAUAUGUACACACAUGUAUGAUGUUAGGGGGUUUGGAACGUGGUAUGCAUAUUUUUGUUAACUUAAAAACAAUAACUCAUGAAAGUAAUGAAAGCCUGUUCAAUCAGUUUCUUGGCAUUUUUUUCACUUUCUGUAGUGGCCUUGCAUUUUUUGGUCCAUAUGAUAAGAUAUGUUAUUGUUUGAAAUUUAAGACUUUCAGAAAAACAUCUCUGGUAUGUUCUGAAAACCUCCUGCUUUAUGAUGAUGAAUCAUUAUUCAUAAUAUUUAGACAUAAUUCAUAAUGUCUGAACUGUGCACUUUUUGUAUCAAUUUUCCAAGCAGAUGAUGUUGGGAAUAAAAUUUUUGGCCAAAGCCUUUCUGUAAUUCUCCUAAUAUAUCUGCAUUUCUUAAGAGUCAGUCUUGGAAAUGUAUGUUUUGGUUUUUUUUUUUGGGUGGAGGGGGGGUAAUAUUUUAUUAAAGCCAGUGUUAUACAUAUAUGCUUUAAAAAAUAUAUUUGCCUGCCUCUCUGAACAGUUGACAUUUGUGAGUCUGCUUGAUAAGAGAUAGUGUAUUUUUCUUGAAGACAUCCAAAAUAAAAUACGCUUGUACUAAUGGGCAUUUUAUGUUGAUAGUGGGCUUUCAGAAAUUCUGGUGGGAAAGUCAUUGUUUUCCAAUCUCUUAAACCGUUAACAUAAAUGUUUUCUGUAUAUUGUAAGAAAUAAUGUAAGAUUGUUAUGAUAUAACAUUGCCCAUUGAUUGGUUGUUUUGUAAGUCUACAUAUGUGUCCAAAGUUAAGUCUCUUCAGUUUGGAGAGAAUCAAUUAAGGCUGCACAGAAGGAAACACUGGAAAUUACUCCUUGCUUCUGUUAAAGGGAACUGGGCAGUGUCAUAGUACUGCAGUGUUGUGCGCACAGUACAUCUGAAUCAACUGAACAUGAAGGUUAGGAAAAACACAGUGCCUUAUGGGGGAAACCUUUUUUUUUUUCUCAUUUGUAAAUUCAGAACAGACACAUUUUAUAUUGUAUGUUCUUUCAUUGAGGUUCCUAAGACUGUUUUGUGAAACGAUAAGUUGUAGAUGCAUUGGAGUUUUUCAAGAUUAAGAGCUGAUUUCUUGUAAAAGCAAAAUAAAUUACUUUAAAUCAA